UAUUACAAAAUGACAUCAAGAUACAGAGUUGAAUAUGCAUUAAAGAGCCAUCGUCGUGAUGAAUUCAUUGAGUGGAUCAAGGGUCUUUUGGCCGGCCCGUUUGUUCUUCAUGCCGAUGUGGAGAACUUUGAUAUUGCUUAUAUGGGCCAAAAUGGAACUCCGGAAGAAUCAGCCGAGAAGUAUAGAGAAGAACAUGAGAAUACAGUUGCUAACGAAUGUCGGAAACGGUAUUUGGAAAUCUUCCUGGACGUUGAGAAGUUAAUUGAGCACACGAUUAUCAUGGACGACCUUAACGAAAGAGAUCCUACAAGAAUGUCUGUAAGCAGGUUGAGAAAAUUGGUUCCCUCCUUAGGGAAGUUCUUUACUAAAUUGCCGUUGACAGAAGCAUUUUUGUAUGAGGAUAAUAGAAGAAAUAUCUCAAAGAGAAGAUUAGUGUCUCCUUCUUUUAACGAUGUUCGUAAGAUUCUCAAUAAUGCUCAAAUCAUGGCCCUUACUAAUCUGUACACCCAAGAGAACAAACAAAGAUUGAAGUUGAUUACAUUUGAUGGGGAUGUCACCCUUUACGAGGAUGGGAAAUCAUUGGACCAAAAUGAUCUAGUUGUUCCUAGAUUAAUCAAAUUAUUAUCUAUGGAUUUGUUUGUUGCUGUCGUUACUGCUGCUGGGUAUCCUGGCCAAAGUGGUGCUGUUAAGUAUUAUGAGAGAUUAAAGGGAUUAAUUGACCAUUUGAAUAGCGAAGAUUGUAAGUUAACUCCUCAACAACGAGAAAAUUUGUUAGUUAUGGGAGCUGAAUCAAAUUACCUUUUCCGUUACAGUAACGAAAUGAAAGGAUUACAAUUCAUUGAAAAUGAAGAAUGGCUUUUACCUAGAAUGAGAGAUUGGGAUAAAGACAAGAUUAAGUUUAUUAUGGAUACAGUUUGCGAUCACUUACAUCACUUGAGAAAUAAGUUCCAAUUACAAAACACAACGACAAUUAUCAAGAAGGAAAGAUCAGUUGGUAUCAUUCCUAAUGAAGGCUGUAGAAUCUUCAGAGAACAAUUGGAAGAAAUGGUGUUAUCCUGUUCCAACAAGCUUUCCCUUAUUCUUCGAGGAUCGCAAAAUUUCGCCAAUUCUCAAGAAGCCCUUUGUUCAAGUGACAUUCAAGUUUGUGCUUUCAAUGGUGGUCGAGACGUUUGGGUCGAUAUCGGAGAUAAAUCAUUAGGGGUUGAAUCUUUACAAAAAUAUCUUUGUCAUUCCAGCAACGAAUCAUGUCCAAUUGAAAAGGCAGAAUCUUUGCAUGUCGGUGAUCAAUUUGCUAGUGUUGGUGCCAAUGAUUUCAAAGCAAGAUUAAGUGCUUGUACUGCAUGGAUUUCAAGUCCUAGAGAAACCGUAGAAAUCUUGGAUGAUUUAAUUAUGUUAUUAACCAAACAGAACAACUAGGGUGUACGUUAGAUAGAUAAUUAGUAAUACUGUAUCAAUCCCCCCGAAAUAACAAACUUGUUCU